AUGAAACCGGCGCUUGCUCUCGUUGCCACUCUGGCUUUGGGUACCACAGCGCAGCAACUCACAGAUGCACAAAUACGAGCAGUACGGAGUCGAUUAUCCGAUGUAGCGAAACAAAGUUGGGAACUCGGUACGCGAGCCCAAGUACUCAUCGAAUACGACGCACCCGCAUUCAACGUCCUCUCCACGGACUGUAAACUCCCACCAAACACGACUCUCUCUCAAUCCCAAUCGUCUGCGCUCUCCACGCCCUUUGGCAUCGUGCGUCCUAUCGUGACCUCUGGUGGUUCCGUGUCCAACACCCAGGGAAACAACGCCGGUGGAGACGGCGCUGCAGCUAGUGGAAGUCUCAUGGACGAUGGCUCUGCUGCCGACCCGGCGAGUUUGGGUGUCACGGUCGCAUUGGCCAACUGGACUAAAGCUGAUGACGGUGGCGUGCGAUAUGGUGAUGCAGCAAGGGACGAGUUAAACUUUUUGCUCACCAAGGCCCCCCGGUCGAGCGAAGGUGCCAUUAGCCACCGUACUGAAAAAGUCCAACUGUGGUCCGACUUUGUGUACAUGGUUCCUCCCUUCUUGGCCUAUUACGGUGCCCUGCAUUCGAACACUACCAUCAUGGAUGAAGCCUUUAACCAAAUACGACUCUACCGUGAUCAACUACACGACGGCGAGUCGAAUAAUCUCUGGAAACACAUUGUCCUCGGCGGCUCCGGUGAAGACGGCGGACGUUGGUCGACUGGAAAUGGGUGGGCAGCCAUGGGCAUGCUACGCGUUUUGGGCACGUACAAAGCCUCAUCCGAUCUCGGAAGCACCUAUGGCCAAAGCAUCUCCACGCUCUCCGAUUGGGUACAAGAAAUUCUCGACGGGAUGUACGCCACGGUCGAAAACUCUAAUACGGCUCUCUUCACAAACUACGCCGAUCGCCCUUCAACGUUCCGCGACGCGUCCUCUACGGCGCUCAUCGCAGCAGCCACAUAUCGCCUAGCCGUGCUGACGGAUGGGAAAUACGUCAGUAGAAUCCCAGAUGCUGAGCGUGCGAGGAGAGAGUUGAGCAAGUAUGCUGGAGACGCCGGUGGACAUAUCGACGGGAGUGGCUGGCUUUCGCCCGUCGUCGAUCCGCAUAAUUUCGGUCAACAGGGCGAGCAUAGUCCUGAAGGCCAGGCGUUUGUCAUCAGCAUGAUUGCUGCGUAUCGGGAUUGGAAUGGCGCUGGUCAACCCGGCGUCAAUGCUGCGACGAGUCGAGCCACAGCUAGCGUGGGUCUCGCGCUACUCGUCGGUCUUGUGUCUGCCUUGAUGUUGUAG